AUGACAGAUCAGCCAUUGUCAAAAACCGCAGAAGAAGCAGUAGAUGAUAAUUCUUCUAAUACACAGAGUGAUAGCACAAAAACCCUUCUUACUGCUGAAGAAAAGUUAAAUCUAAGACGAGAGGCUAGGCGCAACAAAAUCUUGGCUGGUAGCAGCUCUCGCCUGGGUCGCAUAACUCAGACAUUUAAAGGAGUGACCAAUGAUAGUACCACCGAUGCUGCUACCAAUAUAAACUCAAAUGACUCAGAAAAGACUGCUCUGGAUUCAAUCGAGUUCAAGGCAGAUCGACUUCCUAAAGAAUCGCCAGCUAUAACAUCCACUCGCUUACUUUCCACUGCACCCCCGAAUGCAGGUUUGGGAACACUCUACAAUCGCAGCACAAACCAAGAUAUAUCUCCUGAUGAUGUGCUUCAACAGUUGUUAUCAGGGUCUGUCUCUACCGGAACCCACUCUGUGCCGUCUUUUGAUUUUCAAUCAGUGCAAACCAACUCUUUUGGAUUGAAUCAAGAACAUACUCAGCAAGGAGCCGUCACUAACGCACCAGCUAUCAAAAGCAUUUGGCCAUGGCUUCACACGGUUUGUAUUGUAAUACUGGCUCUAUUUGCAUUAUACGGAAUUACUGAAUCUGAAGGUGUUUCUACCGAGGAAGACCAUAUUGUCAAUCGCGAUCUCACUGCCAAUGCAUGUCAAACUAUUGCCAAACUAUCGUUUAGUCAAGUCAUCGAUUUGAAUACUCGUUUAAAUAAUUUGCUCAGCAAUGCUAUUGGUAAUCACAGAAUGUCAGUCUGGAUCAUGUUUCUUACCAUUGAAAUGGGGCUAAAUUUAUUGCGAUUUAUUUACCAACUUGCAUUCACUCUGCCGAAUAGCAGGCCAGGUGCAUUUCCAACCGAAGUCACGUUGAUUCUUCGCCAAGUUUUCAGAGCAAAUACGCCCGUACUUGAAUCAUUUUCUAGUGCGGUUUCAGAAGCAAUGAUCAUUUGGAGAUCGUUUUACGAUGACGUGCUUCUGUUUGUGUUUGUAGUGGGAUCUGGUGUUGCUACGAUGGUCUUGUGUGGUGAUUGGAUUUGCUCUUCGUAA